UGGAGUUUGAGGAGAAUAAAGAGGGAUCAUGCUGAGGAGGAAGAGGAGCGUAUCCUUCGGUGGAUUUGGAUGGAAGCAGGAGCUGCUGACCAUCUCCAAUGUCCCCCUGUCAGACUGUCCUCAUUCUCCCCCCAGAACCGCCCCUCCUGCCGUGAAGUCUACUCAGUUUUUUGACAUGCUGGAUAAGAUGGAGGAUGAUUACAUUCCAUAUCCACGGAUAGAGGAGGUGUUACAGCGGGGUGAGCCAUACCCUCAGGUCAUCCUGCCUCAGUUUGGGGGUUACUGGAUUGAAGAUCCUGAAGCCCCUGCUGCCAUUGCCAAUUGGGAGAAUGGGUUUUGUGAUGAUGACGAUGAAGAUGGAAGGAAUUCAGGGGAGUAUGGCUACAAGCUGGAGAGUAACUUCGCCAUCCGCGCAUACCGCAAGCACUUUUUGGGCAGGGAACAUCUGAACUUCUAUUGCACGGCCAGUAACCAUGGCAACCUCGUACUGUCCCUCAGACAUGAGGAGGUGAAGGAGCAAGAGUACCUGCACAUCAUUCUCAGGGCUCCAUCAAAGACAAUCUAUGACAGGAUCUCUUUGACAGGCUUGACUGAGCUCCCCAGUGUCCCUCAGUUAGCAAAGCUUCUGUGUGAAGACAUUGUUGGGCUAAGGUUUAGUCCUGUACUGUAUCCAAAGGGCUCUCAAUUAAUAGUGAAUUAUGAUGAGCAUGAGUUAAACAACACCUUCAAGUUUGGUGUCAUUUACCAAAAGUUUGGGCAGACUUCAGAGGAGGAGUUGUUUGGGAACAGCGAGGAGACGCCGGCCUUCACAGAGUUUCUCCGAGUGCUGGGAGACUGUGUCCAACUGCAAGACUUUAAAGGGUUUCGAGGGGGGUUGGAUGUGUCUCACGGUCAGACGGGUUCUCAGUCGGUCUACACUGUGUUUAAAGGACAGGAACUAAUGUUUCACAUCUCCACCAAGCUACCAUAUAUUGAGGGAGACACGCAGCAGCUCCAAAGGAAGCGUCACAUUGGGAAUGACAUUGUGGCUGCAGUUUUUCAGGAGGAGGCCACACCUUUUGUGCCUGACAUGAUCGCUUCCAAUUUCCUCCACGCUUACAUUCUCGUUCAGGUGGAGAACUCUGGAACAGAUGAAGCCACAUACAAGGUGUCUGUCACAGCACGUGAAGAUGUGCCGCAGUUUGGCCCUCCGCUUCCUAAUCCGCCUAUUUUCAAAAAGGGUCCAGAAUUCAGAGAGUUUCUGCUGAGCAAGCUGAUCAAUGCAGAGUUGGCUUGUUACAGGUCAAACCGAUUCGCCAAGCUUGAGGAGAGAACCCGAACAGAACUGCUGGAUAACCUUCAUAAUGAGCUACACAAGCGCACGCAGUCAAUGCUGGGACAUCCGCUAAACCCAGAUGAAGAGAGGAUGGAGAAUGGAGGACAUGGAGGAAUACUGGAGUCCAUUAAGCGGGCGAUGCGUGUGCGCAGUCACUCAAUGGAGACGAUGGUGGGCACCCACAAACAUGGCCGCUGUUCUCCAGCAGCAGGAGCAGGAGUUCCUACAAGCCUGAGCGGAGUCAGUCUGACGCACAGCAGCUCUGAGGCCGCAAAAAACUCAUCUCCAGUGACAUCGAGUGCUAAGUCUCCUCUGAAGAGUCCAGUGAAGAGACGUUCAGGGCUUUUCCCCCGGCUGUACACCAGUAUGGAUGGACAGCCAGAGCGACACACACGCAGUGUCCUGUGUGAUCAGAGAAGUCUAGACUGUGGUCACCUGUCACAGGAAGUGAAAUCAGAGACAUCAUCCAAUCCAAGCUCUCCAGAGAUCCUGAACAAUGAGAGGCCAUCACUCAAGCUGCAGGAGGUCAGUGGACCACCAGACAUCUCUCGUUCGUCCUCCAGCACCAGCAGCUUCAGCAGUGCGGCAGGAGAACCAGAGACUGUGGAGGAGAAAGAGCCGAGCGGUGUCCAGAUAUCGCCCAGUCUCUCGCCAGUGUUUGGCUCUCUGACCACAGAUGGACAGGCUGCAGGAGCACCAGUGAUCAUGUGCCGCAGUCCAACAGAUUUCAGAAAUAAGACCUCACCCAGAUCCAAUCUGAAGUUCCGCUUUGACAGAUUGAGCCAGUCCGCUGCUGGACAUUAGCAAAGGGAAUGUCAAAGAAGAUCUGAGUUAUUAUGGAAAAGAAGCGGAUCAGCACUGAAGAUCAGACACUGUCGGCACCAGGAAGCAGUGAAAUGAAAAAGAGGAACCUGCCAUUUAAAGCUGUGCUUCAAUCUGAACAUCACAGGAGUAAAGCAAAUACAGAAGCACACAGAUAUCAGCCCCUUUCACACUUAGUCUAUACUGGUACAUUCAGAAUAUACCCUUGAGAGUUUAUAUAUAAUAUUAAUUCAGUUCUGUCAGUUUUUCUAUAAGAGAAAAGGUGUCA